GUGGUGCUGUGAGUGGAUACCCAGGCAGGAGGGAAGGGGGCUGGGGAGAGAGGCUGUGUUCGGUUUUUAAUGCAUGAUACUCCCUGUGCUGGGAGAAAAGAGUGAACAAAGAUGUGGUUACCAGCUGUCUGCCCAGACCUUUUGAUUCAGAGGGGAGAGAGAUGCCCUGUGGGGAGGAAGGAGAAACAUGGGGGUGGAGUGUGAACAGGAGAAAUAAGAGGAGGUAGGGAUCAAGGAUAUUGGGGAGGCUGGGUUUGUAAUCAGCCCUUGGCUACAGUGAGGUGUUGUGAUUCCAAACGCACGUGAGAGUUCCUGUGGGAAGCUGGCACAGACCAAAUCACUACGGUUUCACAAAAGGAUGUCCUCUAGAGCUCAGGUUGAAAUUGAAGGCCAUCUUUCUCUUUUGUUUAGCUAUGCCCUUUGGGUUUUUUUUAUCUUAAAGCAGCUUCUCAGGUUUAGGUUGUAUAGUAUGUUAAAGCACAUAAAUGGUUCUUUGAGACCAGAUAUGAUUUUAGGCAGUAUAAUAGCUAAAGGGAGAGCAAUUUCCAGUACAAAGGUCAGUAGUGUUCAUUUCUUUAUUGACCAUAGAGGGAGACUAGAAUUACAAGUGUUGGCAGAGUCCCAGCCUAAGCAAACAACAUGCUCUAUGAACUUUAACUCACUUUGUUCUGUUCAGCACCACAUCUGUUUAGCUGCAUGGAUAACAGUAAUAACAUUAUAUUGCUUUGGCUGACAGCGGCAGAGAAAACACUCGGGUUCCUUUGAAAAUCGUCCCAGCAAAUGACAGCGUUGCUGGAGGUUUAGUCACUUGCUCGUCAAGAGCUGGUACAGGAAGCCUCGUGUCAGAGCUAUGACUGAGCAUAACUGCAGCUGAAACAAGAAGGAAAUGAGUUGGCUCCGUGCUCACUUCAGAGACAGAGGACCUCGCAGAGGCCCUUCUUCAGAGACAGAAGCAAUGAAAAGGCAGAGCUCUGCUCAGGAGCAUGAGAUUAUUGAAUUACGGGGACAUAAUGUGGAGGAAAGUGAGACUGAUCAUGACAAGGCUCUAAAUGCUCAAAUGAGAAAGGAGAGAGAUCCCUGGAAAUCAUGCAGGGAUGUAGUUUUCUGGAAGUGUAAACUAUGGAUGGUUAUAACUACAAUAUUUCUAGUGAUCUUCCUGGUCAUUCUCAUCAGCCUAAUUCUUUAUUCUAAUGUUUACACAGAUGAGGAUGACUACUGGGAUCCUGAUGAACUACUAAGCAGUGGAAACUUUCACAAUUUUUCAGGAACAUUGGAGUUAAUGUGUGGUCUCCCACACUUCUCCUCUGAGGACAUUACUGAGAGGCUAACAGAAGUCUACAGUUCAUCUCCAGCUUUAGGACGUUACUUUAGGUCAGCUCAGGUGAUUUCUUUCAGUAAUGAAAGCUCCACUGUAAUUUAUCAGCUAGUGUUUUCUGUGCCACCAUCAACAGAGGGAUUUAUGGAAAACAAUAUGAACCCGGAUUUUAUAAGGAACAUUUUGCGUCAGAAUAUUUAUGAUGAAGAUACUCUUAAUCCUGAGGCAUCUGAAUGUGACAGGUUAAAGCUCAACCCAACUUCUCUCACGUAGAAAUUAUGGAAAGAUUCCUCACCUUCAUCACCACCUAGAAGAGAUGGGAUUCCCUAUCUAUAAGCAAUCCCAGGGCAAGGAACUAUGCAUUAGGUAGAAACACUUCUAAAAUUGUUGUCCUGUAAAUACUGCCUGUGAUGCAAUAUUGUAAAUGGAAAAUAUGGUAUAUUUAUGAUGGUGUUGUAUUGCUAUAGCACUACUACCUAAUUCUUUUAUAUCUCAAUUAUCCAUUUCACUCUUGAGAAAAUCAUGCAUCUGAUACAUGCUCUGUUGACUUUGAAAGCUCUGCUUUGUCUUGCCUUAUGAUUAAAUCUGAAUGCUCUGCAUGAGCUUUAAAAGCAGUCUUGCACAUGGCUCCUUUUUCUUCUCUUGGCCUAUGCAAAAUUAUCUGCACAGCUUUAUCCUCAAUGCUCACUUCCAUUCAAACUCAUAUCUGUUGUUUUUUUUCCCUCCAAACUUCACAUGCCAUGUUUCCUAUAUAUAUUUGUAUUCUUUACUUAUGUGCAAGGUCUCUGCACUAGCUUCUUAAGAACGCUUUAACUCUCAUGAUUUCCUCAUUCUUCCUACAGUCUCCUUGGUCAAGGUGCUCUUUGCUCUAUUUUUCUCUUCUUCAAUGUGAAAUAUGAAAGAAGAAAGCAACAGCAUGAAGAGACAUGUCUUGCUCACUAAUGCAUGUGAACAUCACAGGAAUUUUUAAGAGGUCGAAUUAGCAGUGUGCUUUUACAGUUAGCUUCUGCUACCAGUGAAUAGACAGAUGCUUGACCUGUUUUUGUAAAUCCGAAGACAACUCUAUGCCCUUAAUUAUCGUUCCUGCCCAGCACUGGGGAUAAAAAUAAACAGAUGUAAGGUAUUUGCCUUAAUAAGGCAGAAAAUAGUCGUUCUUGUUGAUGAGAGACCAGAUGAGAUGAAUCAGUGCCAAGAGGAAGGUGCCAAAGCAGGUGACAUAGGCCAGCAGUCAGUAGGCCAGUAACUGGCUAUAACAUAAAAACUAAGCAUUACCUUUAUGCAGAAUGGAACAUAUUCACUACCAUGUGAGUGAAGUAUAUCUUGUCAUUUAUUUAUAGCCUUAUAAAUAUUAGUACUGUUAGAUAUUUUAUUUUAAGAAGCAUUUUGUAUUGUAAGAAAUAUGUCCUGGAAAAUUGUUUUUCUCUUUCUAGUAUUACUGGUUUAUUUAAGGAGUAAUCUGACAAUGUUAUAGUGCAUUAAAUUAUUUUUUUUUACUCUUAAAGUGACUGUUUUCAUUCUUUAGCAGCUCUAGUCUUUCAGCUGUGUGAGUUGGAAAAUAGCCAUUGGAAUUCUAAAUGCUGAGCUGUAUGAAGCAUGUCUGAGAGAACUGUACACUCAAACCCAUAGUUGCUGUUGCAUGUGUUUAAACUGAGCUUGGGAAACGUCCUGGAACAAAUUAGUAAUUUGCAUGACUCUCAUAUUUGUGGCUUAUUCUGAUUCCCUCUUGGUUUGUAAGAUAUAGCAUUGACUGUAAGAGCUAUAAUUUCUCCUCGUGUAGUAGUCUAUGCAGCAUACAGUUAGAAGAGAGAUUUCUUUUGAUCCUUAUGCUGGGGAAGGACAUAGUUCAUGGCUUGUAUGGCUUGUCCCAAAAGCUGCUAGCUGUACCAACAGGAAAGAAAUAAACUGCUGUUGAGAUGUUGCUCAA